AUGGCUAGUAGAGAGAACAUUGAGUCACUUGAUUUACUUGUGAGGGAUCUGUGUUUGCCUGACGUUCCUUUUUGUGGCAAGAUUGUUGUCUUGGGUGGUGACUUCAGACAGACUGUUCCUGUUGUUCCCAAGAAGACGCAGAAUGAGUCCACAUCAUUUGGUCUUAAAGAUAAAUUGCCUGUCAUCAUAUUACGAAACCUAGAUCCAUUAAGCGGCUUGUGUAAUGGAACACGUCUUAUUUGUAGAAAGUUUAUGCCGUAUCUUAUUCAGUGUGAAAUUUCUAAUGGGUUUUCAAAGGGUGAACUUGUCUUGUUACCACGCAUCACUCUUAGAGCACCUGACUCAUCUGGCUAUCAAUUUCAAUUUCAAAGAGUGCAACUCCCAACUAAGCUGUGUUUUACUAUGACUAUAAACAAAUCACAAGGCCAAACUCUUCAAGAAGUCGGGGUAUACAUUCAGCAACCGUGCUUUUCUCAUGGUCAGCUAUAUGUUGCUCUUUCAAGAGCUAAAACAACAAACAAGAUUUGGGUGCUUGAUGAAAACUCCGAACAAGAUUGUAGCAAGCCACCAUGCACUGCAAAUGUAGUUUCAUAUGAAUUAUUGAAGAAAGCUUGA